CCCUAAUCAAGACAAUGACGGCUUUAUUUUGCAAUUAUUGUGUUACCCGUCCAUCAUCCCGAAUUUCCAGGGUCUAGCUUUACAAGGUAUCAUUAUUCCCGAUGGCGACCCAAACUGUUAACCCCCCGUCCGUCGAUGGGAAUCAUGAUUCGGACGAUGAGUUCAGCGCAGACGAUCAAGAGUUCCACGUCGAUGAACGCUCUGGACGAUCAUGGCCGACUAAGAUCCUUCACAAUUUUAUCCGGCCGAUCAAACCGAAGCUGGUAGAUAUUGGAAAGGUUUCAUCGGCUGAUCCUACGAGAUGCAAGCCCUCGAGGGGAGCGAGGAAGAGAUGUGAUGUUCAGGAGAACAAGGUUGAGGGAAUUUGGACAUAUGACAUGACGCCAAAGUCUGCUCAAGGGAAGAACUUUACCAGAAGGAUCUUAUACUUUGCUGGAGGCGGUUGGCAAGCACCUCCUAGUGGCCAACAUUGGACGUUCUGUGCAGAGAUGAUAAACCGCUUGCAAGACACGAGACUUACACUCAUCUCAUACCCACUUGCCCCCAAAGAUCCCGUUCAAGACUCAUUCCCAGCAAUCUGCAAAACCUACAACGUUUUAUUGAGGGAAUCAUCGGAGCUUGGCGAAAGGGUUAUCGUCGCCGGCGACAGCUCAGGGGGCAACAUCGCACUAUGUGUUGUGACCUGGACAAUGAGGGAUCAAGACGUACAAGCAAUUAGACCUCCAUCUGCAAUUCUUGCGAUUACUGCGACUACAGAUUUAAGUCACAAUCAUCCUGACAUCAAAGAGGUGGACAAGUUUGAUCCUAUUCUGAGUGAGUCGUCUAUCAAUGACACAGCCGGUGCGUGGGCUCCCGGGUAUUCCGAUGUAAACCAACAGGAAAACGGGACAAACACGCAAACAACCGAUAGGAAUGAAAAGCUGGACUGGUCCGUUGAUGAUCCUCGAGUAUCGCCCAUCCAUGCAGAUCUCGGCGUUUGUAUCCGCAACAACGUCAAGAUUCAUGGGAUAACAGCUUCACACGACGUCCUUGGGCCAGAGGCAGUUGAGUUUAGGGAGAGAUGUCGGAAGGAAGGCGUUGAUGGGGAGUGGUUGUCUUGGAGCGAUCAGAUGCAUUGUUUUCCAUUGGCGUACAAGUAUGGGUUGAAGGAGAGUAAGGAGGGAUUGGAGUGGAUUAUCGAUGUUCUGAAAAAGUGCUGAGAGAUACCCUAUAUACAAGUGGGAUAGAGUAAAAUGGAGUUAGCGGUGACUUGGGCUUUUGCUCCACUGAAGUUUGAGGUGAAUACUCAUGCCUAUCACGAAGGUAGUUGGGCCGACCAAGUGUUGACAACCAGAAAGUUGAGGCGGUCAGGGAAC